UCAGAGAUUGUGCGGGAGCGGCGGCCAAAGUUCACAGCAGGACCCCAAAAAUAACCCGUUUAUCAGAGACCUAAGCAGUAGUGGGCCCACAUACGUAUGGCAUCGUAUCACUAUGCUUUAUCCCAAUGCUUUAUUUCUCUCUGAAAGUAAUAAGGAUUGACUCUAUCAUGACUUAUUAGAUUUAACAACCUCUGUAUUGCCACAUCUUGACAGUAAGGGAAACGCCUCCAUAAGGUAGGACACGCCUGCCAGUUAAGGAAAUAUGGUUUCGGUUUCUAAUAAACUUUCAGGUGAACAGCAGUAGCUGGCAGACAGUAUCAUAGCCGACACUGACCGGACGUGUUUCUUCAUUUUGAUCAAAUUAGAAAACGUGUUUCUGUUGGACGCUGUGGAGGAGGCCAAUAGGGGAGCCUGAAACUAAAGCGGACGGAACCUUUCGCCGUUCAAAAACAAUCUCACCAGAUUGAAGAUGGCUAGUUCUGCACCAAAACGCACCGGAGUCUGCGAGGAACAGAUCGUCGUUCAGGGCUACCUCCAUUGCGUGUUGCCAGUGAAGAUUUCAACGAAGAACAAAAGAUUUUUUCAUUUUAUCUUGCAGACGUCCCGAGAUAAAUAUACAAAAGGCAUCGUGUUUGCAGCAGAGAAGCAUGGACGCUAUCAGCAGGAAGCGGCCAACCACACGCCCUUGAUUCUAGGCAAUGUCCAGAGGAGCAAUGUAGGGGCUGGCUUGCUUAUAAAACAUGCAUCUACGCUGGAGGUGUUGGAGUCCCUUGGCUUUGACUACAAGGAACCCAGUGAUUCCAGCACAUUCACUGUAGCGCAGGUGGCUGGCCUCAAACAUAAACAGAAAGUUGGAAAGAUCCAAGCAAAGGUUGUUUGGCUGCAGGACUGCAGUUCCACGGCCACUGUCUAUGGCAAAGAGCUGGAGCGCAAGGAUUGCCAUGUUGCCGACCAAACCGGGAAGAUUAGGCUGUCCCUCUGGGGGGGGCUUAUUGGCCAAGUGGCACAGGGCGUGUCCUACGUCCUGACGGACCUGGCGGUCCGUAAAUGGGGAGGGUUGUAUCUGACGUCUACAAAGGACACCACCAUCCGGGUCUCAGAGGAGGAGGUCCUGGUUCCGGAAUCUGUUGUGAGGCUGCGACUGGAGGUGGAGCAGCAGGAGGAGGUGGAGCAGCAGGAGGUGGAGCAGGAGGAGGUGGAGCAGGAGGAGGUGGAGCAGCAGGAGGUGGAGCAGGAGGUGGAGCAGGAGAUAAAGAAGGAGAUGCUCACCACGGUGCGGGGACCAGUCUAUGGAGUCCAACUAGCUGCCCAACGGCAGUGCAGCAGCUGCUACAGAAGGCAGCUGGCCUUCAACCUAAAGGCCAAAAACCAUCGCUGUGAGGCCUGUGGCCUCCUUCAGAAGGUCGGGUCCUAUGUACAGGCUGCCAACGGGACAGUCAUGGUCAAUAAGGGCGAUGUGAAACUCACGUUGACAUUGACCUCGACUGUCCUGAUGACAUACCUGAGUCAAAACAACCUCCAGGAGCUGCUUGCAGAUGUGCAGUUGGUGGAGGAGCACUUUUUGGAAGUGGGGGUGUUUGUAAUCCAAUACAAUGCCAACAAUGUGGUUGUCGUUGUCACAACAGGGAAUGUUUGAAUGCAGGAUGAUCGUAAUUAAUAGCAUAUUAAGAAGUCGUAUCAUAAUAAUUCAGUGUAAUUUUAAUGGCACAGAAGAUAUUGUUAUUAAUGAAAUCCCCAUUUAAAGUAUGAAAACAUAUUUCUUGCAUAGCUGAGUGGAUUUGUGGGAUGUAAAUAAGCUACAUGUCAACGAGAUGUGGUCUUUCUUAACUGGUUGUAAUUGGGUAUUAUUUGACUUUUAGUCCUGUAUAUGACGUGUCAAAUGUUUUAUUUUUCUUUCUUUCUUUCUGUUUUUCUUCUUUUUUUUUUAAUGGAAGGCAAACAUAACUUGUUCAUGGAAAUACUUUUGCAAUUCCAUCCAAAAGUCUUGAAUGUUGAAGUUAAAGUCAUUGUUGGGAAUGCUUAUGAUGUAUGGAGGUUUCUUAAUAUAUAUUGAAAUAAAAGCAUUCAAAUCGA